AUGCCAAUCAGCGAGAAAAUACUUUUGAAGAUUCUUGAGCAUAAAAACAGCAAUAUGGAUAAGGUAUUCAAUCUGAUGUGCACAUUACUUGGAUUGCAGUACUUCUUUGAGGGCACAGAGCAACGUGUAUACACGCUUGCAAGCCCUUCGUUCAUCAUAGAUGUUUCAGAAUCUGCAGUGAAGCUCACGUUUGUUGAAGAAAGGUUUUCUGAAUGCUUCCGGUAUGUUGAGUUCUAUUUGGGUAAGUUUCUUGCGAACAAGAAUCUUGUAAACUUCUACUAUUAUCUCAAAAUGUUUGCAAAGAUGGAGACGGGUUAUGAUGAAUUACUGGAUGGUAAAUGCACAGACACAUGCAGAUGUGUCUAUGAUGGUAAGUAUUGUGCAAACGUUCCGUUCAGCAAGAUUGUGCAAUUGAGUGGAGCAGCAGUAUACAACAUAUAUAGACAUAGACUUGAGCGGCACUUAUAUGCAGGAGGAACAAUAAUUGCAAUUCCUGAACAUUCAAAUGAAAAUGAUGUUGCAUUGAUGGCUGUUAAGUGUGAUAAUGGAAAUUGCGUGGAUGUGGUAAUGAAUCUGAAUCUUGCUGUGCAUAUCAACUCUGAAGCAUUAUGCAGAAAGACAUUUGAAUGUAUUUCAAGCACAGAUGUAUAUUGGAAAGGAUUAUGCAAAGGAAAUGAUGUUACGGUGAGAAGCGAUCUUUCUGUGUAUGUUAAUGGAUGCAUUCGCAGAGAGAUUGCUUUUCUGAUGAAGCUUGGAAAGUCUCUUGAGUUUUCGUUGUGCUUUUUUGAUGGACUUUGUUGUUAG